AUGAGCGCCCCCCCGACGCUGCCCCCAGAGGGCGAGGAAGAGCUCCAGACAACCUGGUCCCCUGCGGUCAACGCCAGCUGCGCCCCUGCUGAGGAGGAGGCAGCGGCGGGGACCGGGGAUGCAGGGGCACCGGGCAUGGUCGCCAUCCAAUGCAUCUACGCGCUGGUGUGCUUGGUGGGCCUGGUGGGCAACGCCCUGGUCAUCUUCGUGAUCCUCCGCUACGCCAAGAUGAAGACGGCCACCAACAUCUACCUGCUCAACCUGGCCAUCGCGGACGAGCUCUUCAUGCUGAGCGUGCCCUUCGUGGCCUCGUCGGCCGCCCUGCGCCACUGGCCCUUCGGGUCUGUGCUGUGCCGCGCGGUGCUCAGUGUGGACGGCCUCAACAUGUUCACCAGCGUCUUCUGUCUGACGGUGCUCAGCGUGGACCGCUACGUUGCCGUGGUGCACCCUCUGCGCGCCGCCACCUACCGGAGGCCCAGCGUGGCCAAGCUCAUCAACUUGGGCGUGUGGCUGGCAUCCUUGCUGGUCACCCUGCCCAUCGCCAUCUUCGCUGACACCAAACCGGCUCGGGGCGGCCAAGCUGUGGCCUGCAACCUGCAUUGGCCUCACCCGGCCUGGUCGGCGGUCUUUGUGAUCUAUACUUUCCUGCUGGGCUUCCUGCUGCCCGUUCUGGCCAUUGGCCUGUGCUACCUGCUCAUCGUGGGCAAGAUGCGGGCGGUGGCACUGCGGGCCGGCUGGCAGCAGCGCAGGCGCUCAGAAAAGAAGAUCACGCGGCUGGUGCUGAUGGUGGUAGCAGUCUUUGUGCUCUGCUGGAUGCCUUUCUAUGUGGUGCAGCUGCUAAACCUGUUUGUGACCAGCCUCGAUGCCACAGUCAACCAUGUGUCCCUCAUCCUCAGCUACGCCAACAGCUGUGCCAACCCUAUCCUCUAUGGCUUCCUCUCAGACAACUUCCGCCGUUCCUUCCAGCGGGUUCUCUGCCUGCGCUGCUGCCUCUUGGAUGUCACAGGUGGUGCUGAGGAUGAGCCCCUGGACUACUAUGCCACUGCUGUCAAGAGUAGAGGUGGGGCAGGAUGGAUAUGCCCCCCACUCCCCUGUCAGCAGGAGCCCUUACGACCAGAACCCAGCCGCAAGCCGGUCCCUCUCACCAGGACCACCACCUUCUGA